UAACAUAAACGGAACUACGAGCGAGCACGAGAAAACGGGGCGGGUUCCAAAGUCAACAUGGGCUUACUGAUGUUAAUUAAACAAGAAUCAUUUAAGAUGAGCAGAAAUUGGCAAGGCGAAGCGUUGAAGUUGUUUCAUAAGCUGCCAUGGAAUGGUCACAUUGCAUGAUGUCCUGUUCUGAUUUGACAAUUUUGAGCUUAGAUUGAAGCAAUUGAUUUCUUCUGGAGGAUCCGUAUUUAUAAGAGAUAGAGUCUGACAUUAUACGUAAUUUUCUAUUUCGCGUUUAAGAAGGAUAUCGGAUGCUACGAUGACCUGAGAUACCUUAGAAGACAAUGGUGACCUGGGACGGGGUGCUCUGGACAUGAGGGCCAUUGCUGUUCGCUGUGCAUUGAGUUGACACCACUACCCAAACGUCAUCAUUUUUAACAUAGGCCUACCUGAUGGAACAUAAUAAAAACAAGUAAAUUGGAUCCCUGAUCUGAAGGGUGGCAACAAUGGCUGAAGGAUUGAUUUAACCCAAUUAGACUGCUAUAGGGUGUAUCCAAGUAGAUAUGCUAAGAUAUAGCAAUGUUGAAUUGUUACAUCGUGGCCCCUAAGUUCCAUCUACAUGACCUGGUUAAUAUUUGCAUGACUCGGCUUGAAUUUGAAUAGUACAUGUAUUUCUGUAUGAUAACAAAUAAUUUAUACGCCUUCUUUCAAGGACAAUAAUAUUAUCCGAGAUCAUGUCUCAAAGUCAGCGUGAGCUCCGCACGAUGCAAGGCAUGUCUUACCGCCAGUCUCCGGCGGAGGCACUCAGCGGAUGCCGUCAUCUACGGUGCAAGGCAUUCCUGAUCAUUGUCCUCGGCGUCCUGAUGGUGGCGUCGUUCCCUGCCACCUACGCCUCGGCCCUCCUCAUCGUAGGCGUGUUCCUCAUCCUCCUCGGGUCCGCUCUCGCGUUCAUGUACUGCGUCGCCAGGGACGUCGGGAAGGACAACCCGGAAGCUGGGCAGGGUGUCAAUCGCAGUUGGGACCGUCUCCGUCGUCAACGACUUCAAAGACGUCGUCGUAGGAACUCGUCGGGGAGAAGGCCUGCUAAUGCCCAUCGGUCAUCAGAAGAACCCGGGCAACACGAUGACGACGAUGAAGAUGAUUCUACUCCUCCGCCAUCGUAUGAGACUAGUAUCAGUGUCGAAGAGCUUAUGCGCUGUCCGGAGCCGUCUGAUUGGACCUUUCUUCCAUCCGAACCGCCUCCUGUAUACUUUCCACCAAUCACAACUCUCGACACAAAUCAUUCUCCCACCGCAGCGGAUGACCAUACGGAAACCGACCAAUCAGCGUUGCCGAUUUAUAGCAUCAGUCGUGAGAUGAGUUACACGCUGCCAACGUAUGAACAAGCACUUAGUGAAAGUAAUACGCGUGGUACUGGGAAUGAAAAUGAUGACGAUGAUGACACACAGUUUAAUACUGAUCAAAGCAUACUCGUGGUUGAAGUAGACGAUGAUCGUCAUAUAGACGUCGAACAAUCUCCUACAGUAUUACAUGAAACUAGUAUAUCUCACUCUCACAUUACUCAAUCGUUAACCACCAUAUCCGCAUUGAGUAACAAUGAAAAUUCUGAUGUUUUUACACAGGUAUUGAUUUAGAUAUUUUUGUUACACGAGUUUCUAUAUCGAUAUCAUGACUUGAAUUUUCUUUCGCCAAUUCUUCCCUUCCCUAUAUUUUCUUCAUCUUUUUCUUUUUUUCUUCUUCUUCUCUUUUCUUCUCCUUCUUCUCUUCUUCUUCUUCCCCUUCUGCUGAUUUUUUGGCGUAGCCAUUAAAGGGUGGGACGGGUGUCAUCUGGAUCCCAUCUGGGUCUGCCUACGAGGUAUUUACAGGGUGAUAUUAUGAAAGUUUAUAUAUUAUACGACGUGCCUAUGCAAAACCUGGGGCCCGUUUCAAAUUAAGAAAUUUCCAGUAACAGUUGAAAGCUAUUGAAGCCAUUCGAUUUGGUUGGCUGACAGUAAGCUUGUUGUAGAUAAUUGUCAAUGUGUUAUGAGCUGUAUAUAGAGAAGGAAGAAAUGUGAUGAAAAAAAACCUGGAAGAGUAAUCAAUAAAUUGGUAUCAAUGAAAUGUAUCAGGUUCAGGGUGGCUUUCUAUGUCAAAACAUAUUCCAUGCAUGGAUGUCACCAACAAGUUUUAUAGGGGGGGAGACCAUUUAAAGAUGACGUCAUACCCACCCCCAUCGAAUGACAGGGUAGUUUAAAGUUACAUGACUCACACCCUUACGUUUACAUUAUUCUCUCUUCCAUUAUCUUUUCUUUUAUUUGCUUUCACUUCUUGAAAAAUCAAAGGGGAUGUCCCCGGUGGCGCUCUCCCCGAAUCCAUGUUACAAAAUACUUUCAUCAAGACAUGUACACAGGAACCUUUGUUUUAAAACGUAUAGGGAAAAUGGACUAUGUGACAGAAGUGACUUGUGGUGCGCGGGGAUCAAAAGGGGAAAUCGGAAUUUAAAAAAAAAGAGAUUUCCUUCCUCUAUUCUUUCAAAUAUACGAUCCGUGUUGAUUUGGCAACAAUGUGAGUAUAAAAAUAUCAAUAGCUUAUAUAACGAAAGUACAAUAAAAAGAUAUUGACCAGGGGACCGUUGCAUAAAACUUUUACUUGAGAAAGUUCAGGUUGUUUUUACCGGAGUUUUUGCCCUGUGUUAAAGUCAAUGGCUAAAAUCACACUAACCUUAGUUAUCAGUUUUUACCAGAGUUUUCUUAGGUAAAAAAAAAUAUGCAACGGGCCCCAUGCAGUAGUCUGAAAUGUGGUUUAAUCUAAACUGUGGACUUAAUCUGUGGUUCAAAGGACAGCCAAUUCUGACAGUGAAGUAUCUUCAACAGUACAAAAUCAAUUUGUUGACUCAUUUGACUCUCAAAUCACUCGUAAACGACUGCGAUUAAUUACUGAAAUAGUUCCCUUCAUCGUAAAAAUAUGAGGAAAGAGACCAGUAGAGAAAGGAAACAUAAUUAUAAUAUUAAUGCAUUUUUAAGCUGUGGCUUUUCAUAAUGUUAACACAGAGUUAGACCAUGUCCUGAAGUAAACCGGACUUCAUAAUACGGGCCAUAGAAUAAGGACGAAAGAAUAAUGCAUACUGUUCAGGUUUUAACGUUAUACAUAAUCUUGGAGUUAUGUUUAUAUAGACUGUAUUAAUGUAUCAAUAAUUUAAAAAGAUAAUAAAUGAGAUACCCGGUUCUUGGGUACUGAAUUAAACGCAAACAAAGUAGUGCU